UUUUCGGAGAUGAUGAAACUUUUAAUGUUAUUGUAUCCACACAUGCGUUUGUUAUGAUUUUUUACACCCUUUUAUUACUAUUAUCAUUAUCAGUUCUAGCUGGUGUAAUUAAUAUAUUAUUAACAGAACGGAAUCUAAAUACAUUUUUUGAUCCCGCAGAAGAAGGAGAUCCAGUUUUAUAUAAACACUUAUUUUUGUUUUUUGGGCAACUAGUGGUUAAUGUUUUAAUUCUACCAGGAUCUGGAAUAAUUUCCCAUGUUAUUAGUGAAGAAAGAGGAAAAAAGAAGCUUGUGGUACUCUGGGAAUUUAUUAUUGGAGGUUUAACAGGUAAUGUUUUAGCAAAUUCACCAAUUGAAAUUAUCCUUCAUGAUACAUAUUAUGUAGUAGCUCACUUUCAUCAUGUAGGAGUAUUGGAACAUCACGUCAAUAUUCUCACUAUCCAGAUGUUUUUACUUCAUGAAAUAUCUUAUCUUCAUUAUGCUCAACUAUCUUUAAUUGGGCAACAUAAUCCAAUUAAAAUUUACAAAAUAGCUCAUCGACCC